AUGGAUCCUUUCAGCCUCACUGUUAGCAUACUUUCAGCCGCAGAUGUUGCCGCUCGGGUGACCACUGGGAUCAUCGGCUACCUCAGGAACGCCAGACAUGCGUCGGCCGAAAGGGCGCUCCUAGCGAAAGAAGCCGCAUCUCUUCUUGUUCUUUUAGAAAACGUUCGGGCGGGGAUCCGAACGGAGUCUUUGAACCCAGACGCCAUUGCCCACCAAGCCGCUCUGGUUCAACAAUUUCAAGAUGCCUGUGAUGAUCUUGCCGCUACACUCGGGUUUGAUCCAAGUACCGAAAGUUUGACAGUGGGGAGUCAAUAUUGCGAGCUACGCACUAAGGCCAAAUGGUUUUCGACAAAAAAGGAAGUCUACGCUAUUCUUGAGCGCAUUUCGAGGAUAGAGCAACAUGCAAACACUAUCUUGUUAACACAGCAGAGGGAGCUGCUGGGGCAUCUCGACAAAAGGGCGCAAAGCGCGGAGAUGAAGCAACUGAAGAAAUCCGUCUUGAAUUGGUUGAGUACUUUGCAGCCUGAACAAGAUCAUCUUACUACAUCGUCACAAAUACCAGAGGGAUCGGGCAAAUGGUUUCUUGACUUACCAGAGUUGAUUGAUUGGUUCUCUGGGGAAGUGAGAUUACUAUGGUGCUACGGAAUUCCUGGUGCCGGGAAGACUGCUAUUGCAUCAAUCAUUAUCGAAGAGCUUCCUAAGCUGGCCAGACAGAAGUCCAAUGUCGGUAUCGCAUUCAUGUACCUGAAAUACGACCAGCCGGACCAGACAUUUGCAAACGUCAUCGGCAGCCUUCUGCAACAGCUACUAGCACCUGAUGGCGUCCAGCUACCGAACUCCCUUCAAAGGGAAUUUGAGGCAUCAAGGGCUCCGACUGCUGGAGACAUGAUGGCGCCGAAGGUUCUACUGCGGGAAAUGAAGGAUGCGAUACAGCUCUACCACCAGGUAUUUAUCGUCGUCGAUGCCAUUGACGAAUGUCGUGAUCAGUUCCGCUGGCAGUUGGUAGAAGCACUUCAACGCCUUGAUUGCCAUUUAAUCGUGACCUCUCGACUUCCUGAGAACACAGACGAAGCAUUGGACAACUUCAAACGUAUUGAGAUAAGAGCAAACAGGCAAGACAUCGAAGUAUACAUCGACCAAGAGAUAGAGGCAGAUCAUCGGGGACUACUAAAAUUUGUGACUCGACGUCCGUCAUUGCGCCAAGAAAUCAAGACUGCAGUGGUAAAGACUGCAGAGAAAAUGUUUCUGCUUGCUCGGCUCCAUGUCGAUGCCUUGAAAACUGCACUCACUGUCAACAAUGUCCGAGAAAUUCUCAAAUCUCUACCUGAUGAUCUCGAUGAAACAUACGACAAAGCAGUGAAACGAAUUGACUCGCAGCCUUCGUACCACAAGACAACUGCUCAUAAGGCCCUUGGCUGGUUGACCUAUGCAUUCCGUCCCCUGUCACUCAUGGAGCUCCAGCAUGCCUUAGCUAUAGAGCGUGGGGUGGACUUCGAUGAAGAUGAUAUAGUUGAAGCACAACACAUUAUCAAAAUCUGUGCUGGCCUUGUCACUGUCGAUAUCAACACAAAAAAGGUCAACUUGGUUCACUUCACCACAAAAAAAUACUUCGAUCAGCGCCGCCAACAGUAUUUCCCCGACUUCCACGAACUCAUUACUAUGAGCUGUGCAAUGUACCUUUCACUACCAACUCUUCGCGAGGCAACACUCUGGACGAUAGCGAGUGAUUACCCACUGGCGUGUUAUGCUGCUCAGUACAUGGGCGGACAUGCUCGCGAGAGCCCCGAAGUGUCACUCAAACCAGCAGUACUCGAGGAGUUGUAUCUACUCUUAUCGGAACCAAAUAAGAGAAAGCCACUUCUUGCCUUGCUGGAUGGGCUGGAUCUGAUCAAGUACGGGGCUUACUCCACGGCAGAAGCGGCAAAUAGCCCCGGAAAAGCUGAUGCCAUCGAGGAUUCAUCGCACUCCGGGAUAAGCACCUCGCAGGCCAGCCUCAAAGUGGUGAAGGGUACCGCCAACAUGUCAAGUACAGACUUCGUAGAAAUAUCGAAAGACAAAGCGAGGUCUCCGCGGUCGCUAGAAGUCACAGCUCUGCAUGUUGCUGUCUCUAUGGGCCUAACAAAUGUUGCGGCAAGAUUGCUGAAUGACACACUCGAUAUUGACGCUGUGGAUGAGUCCGGGAAAACACCUCUGGCGGUGGCGAUGGAAAAAGGCUUUGAGAAGGCGGUCGAGCUUCUGAUCAAAAGCGGCGCCCAAGUGGAUCUACGGACCGCGCACGGCAGGGGUAUACUUUUGCUUGCCGCGGAGAGAAACUGGGCUGGUGUCCGAAAGUUGAUCGUCGAACAAGCUUCGAAUUCGACUAGUACGGACCCAAACGUGGUACUGCUCAUCGCAGCCGAUUCUAACAGCCCAGAGAUUAGAAUUGCAGCUGAUCGAGUCCGGGAAAGCACCUGCAACCGAGAUGAGAAUAUUAUAGAGACUGCAUUUUUCCUCAGCGUCGAGCUAACCCAUCUGGCGGCGGUAGAGGCGUUGACACAAUCAGGUGUGGAUGUUAACGCGAAGGAUCACACUGGGCAAACGGCGUUACAUCGCGCGACUAGAUGCGAGAGCGAAUCGAUGAUCAGAGCCCUUAUAUCAUCUGGCGCAGAAGUUGACGAAAAAAAUGACAGCGGAAAGACUCCAUGGCGCGCAAACAUACGCCAUUCCAAAAGGGAGAUCCUGGACCUGCUUCUCGCCCUCGGAGCAAAUCCUAACACCACAGGGACUGGUGGUGAAAGUGAACUUUAUACUGCUGCUGCAGGUGGUGAUACCAAGAUAGUCGAAUACCUUUUAAGAAGCGGGGCCAAUCCAUCCAUCAAAACAUUCUACGAUUGGGCUCCCUUGCACUGGGCGGCGCAUAACGGUCAUGUUGAAUGUGUUCAGCUGCUGAUUCAAGCCGGGGCAGACGUGAACGCUGUCUCCGACCAGACCAAGACACCCCUCGACAUGGCUCUCAGCUGUAAUCAUGACGUGAUUGCAGCGCUAUUGGUUGCAAAUGGCGCAAAGCGUAACAACGACUUACACAGAUCGAACAAUGCAAUGACGCAUUCAUUGGAACUAUCCUCAACGGUCGCACCCGCUAAGGACAGUUCAGUGGAGAAAAAAGUGACUUUCAUCUUCGACCAGCCACUCGAUGAAGGAUAUCAAUAUGGUCAAUCUAUUUACGCCUCAGGAGGCACAGAAAGCAUGCCGAAUUGUCGGCCAUAUCAAAUUUCCCACCGCCUGUCCGCUGUGACUGACUCCCUCGGUAUCCGAAGGGCCGAAAGACGCCUGGGAAUGGCUGAAUACCCCUUCCCACCAGAGAACUUUUCACGAGAAAACGUGCUUUACGACAUUGAGCGCAAGGACCUUGACUGUCCUGGGCUCAAGCUGCGUGCAAAUCCCGAUAGUCCUUUAGAAGGAGAUCUCACCAUCCGCCGAAAUUGGGCUGGAAACUGGCAAGUCUAUCAUGAGGAUCCACAAGGUACCAGGAGUAUGCUCUUCCGUACGAUUGAAGCCAACUGGGAAUCUCCAAAUCCGGACGAUCAGUGUAGUUGGAAUGAUAAGAACGGGUCACUUCUGGCGACUAGCACAGCGUGGACAAUCACAUUUGCAAGUGGGCUAGUCAAGCCAACGGUGGACAUUCUGGUGUCGUGCUGGGUUGCGAAGUUAUGGUCGGAGAAUUUGACUCGCCAGGAGCAGGAGGCUCCGAAGAGGGAUUAA